CACAAAAGGCCUUCAUAAUUAACAUCCCACUUUCUUCCUCCUUCCCUCCCUCCCUCCUCCCUAUAUUGCAAGUUGUCAUUUGGUACCCAUACAAAACCCACAAAAGCCAAAAGGAAGAUCCAUCAAAAGAAGAUCAUAUCAGCAGACCAAAAAUGGGAAGAGCACCUUGCUGUGACAAGGCAAAUGUAAAGAGAGGGCCAUGGUCUCCUGAAGAGGAUGAUAAGCUCAAGGAAUACAUCCACAAAAAUGGGACAGGUGGCAACUGGAUUUCUCUCCCUCAAAAAGCUGGUCUCAAGAGAUGUGGGAAAAGCUGCAGGCUCAGGUGGCUCAACUAUUUGAGACCCAAUAUCAGGCAUGGAGAAUUCUCUGAUGAUGAAGACAAAAUCAUCUGCAGCCUUUAUGCUAACAUUGGAAGCAGGUGGUCAAUUAUAGCAGCACAAUUGCCAGGCAGGACUGAUAACGACAUAAAGAACUACUGGAACACCAAGCUGAAGAAGAAACUCAUGGGUUUGCUCCCCAAUUCUUCAUCCCACCAUCAAAGAAAACUACCCUUUCACCAUCACCAGCUAACAAAUUAUGGACCAAUGAUCCCAUCAGACCAAAUAACAAUGAUCCCAUCCUCUGCUAUGCAACAACAUUACCAGCAUCAGGUCAAGGAGGAUGGAGUGUUGGUGUUUAGGACAGGUGGCACUGAACCCAGUUGCAGCUCUUCAGAUGGAAGCUCCAACAACAACAACAACGCGGAGCAAUUGCAGAUCAGCAGCAGUUUCCAUGAUCAGCAGCAGCAGGGGACUGCUGCUGAUGGUCAUUAUGGUACCAGUUUCAGUAAUGAUCAGAGUGGAACAUGGAGUGACCAAAUCAUGAGAAACAACAGCUUGGAGGAAUAUGGUUUGGAGGAAAUUAGGCAGCUGGUGAGCGCAAGCAGUAGUGGCAACAACAACGACACCAACAGCUUGUUACUGUUUGAUGACAACAGGACAGAAGAAAGGCUUAUGUUCUACUGAUUCUUUUUUGGUGCUUCACUGAUUAUUGAAAAGGGUUUGAAUAAGUGGGAGAUUUGUGUUCCUCGGGUUGGGGGUUGAAAGAUUCAAGCUUUCUUUUGGGGAUAAUGGUGAGGUUCUGUGCUGGAUAAAUUUGGUAACAAAAGAGGAAAGAAGCUUCUUCUUCUUCUUCCUUGUUCUUUCU